AUGAGCGAAGGAGAGGAAAGUGCAGACAGCUGCAUGUGGCUAAUGCUGUUUGGAGCUCCUCUGAGAGUGUUUACGGCAGAAGAAGAGGAGUUCGUGUCAGAGGAGGGAGAGGAGCAGGUCAAGGAGGGAGAGGAGCAGGUCAAAGAGGGAGAGGAGCAGGCCAAGAAGGGAGAGGAGCAGGUCAAGGAGGGAGAGGAGCAGGUCAAAGAGGGAGAGGAGCAGGCCGAGGAGAGAGAGGAGCAGACCAAGGAGGGAGAGGAGCAGACCAAGGAGGGAGAGGAACAGGUCAAGAAGGGAAAGGAGCAGACCAAGGAGGGAGAGGAGCAGGUCAAAGAGGGAGAGGAGCAGGCCGAGGAGAGAGAGGAGCAGACCAAGGAGGGAGAGGAGCAGACCAAGGAGGGAGAGGAACAGGUCAAGAAGGGAAAGGAGCAGACCAAGGAGGGAGAGGAGCAGGUCAAAGAGGGAGAGGAGCAGGUCAAAGAGGGAGAGGAACAGGUCAAAGAGGGAGAGGAGCAGGUCAAGGAGGGAGAGGAACAGGGUCAGAGAUACCAGCUCUGA